AUGAUUGAAGAGGAAGGUUUUCUUAAUGUUAAUGUGACUAAAGAAUCUGAAUUUGAAGAAGUGUCUUCUGGAGAUGAGGUGUUUCAAAAUGAUGAUGAUGACAAUAUAACUCAAGUAGCUAGAUCUGACCAAUCUAAUUUUUUUUCCAAUGAGGUUACAAAUUCUGACGUUUUCUGUGGAAAAGUUUUUUUAUCAUGGGAUGAAUGUGAUCUUAUUAUUACUGAAUGGUUAAAAAAAAAUGGGUUUCGUACAAAGAAAGAUCGUGUGCAAUUCUAUUACGAUGCUACUAUACUUCAAGAUAAAGAUUUAGAAGAAUGUUAUACUGAUGAUUGUGAAACUGAAAUUCGUGAUAUGACAAAUGUAGAAAUACAACAAAUUACACUGAAACAGGUUAUUGAUUUUGUGGGAGGCCUUAAUUCAUCUCAGCAAAAAAUAGUUUAUGGAAAAUUACAUGGAGUAUACAAAAAAGCUAUUCAAAAGGCGUUACAAAGUAAAACUAAAUCACAGCAGCUCAUUGAACUAUUACAAGAUUUUACAGAAAUGUGCGAUGAAAAAUCUAACGAAGAAAGUGAAGAAAGUGAAGAAUCUGAAGAUGAAAGCAAUGAUAAUAAAGAAAAUCAUGUAUUAUUAAAUCCAAAA